AUGAGUACAAAUAAGGGAGAUCAGAGUGACCAUUAUACACAAGAAUACUCAAGAAUAAGAAAAUUAACCAGUAGAUACGAUAUAAGGACUCAGUCAGUAAGAACAUAAUCUAUUUUUUUUGAAUAUAUUAUAUUUUUUUUUUUUUGUUCAAUUCAAAAGUAAUGAUUUUAUUUCAGAAUGAAUUUGGAUUAACGCAAGACCAAGUAGCUGGUAAUUUUCAAAUUUAUUGAUACCAUGAUUUAAAGGCAAUUUUAAUGAAAUUUCUGAAAAAAUUGAAAAUGUAUUUAUUUUGAAAUGGCACCAUGACAUUAUCAUAUGUGUUUAUUUGGUGAUCAUGAAAUUUGUUCAAAAACAUAUUAAACAGAAAAAAGUACCUUUCAAAGUGAUUUUGAUAAUUAUAAAAAUAAAAUACAUCAUUGGUAUAAUAUAUAUAUAUAUAUAUUGAUUUUCAAUUUACUUGAAUGUGUUAGUAGAUAUUCAAAAUUAGCCAUAAAAAGCUAUUAAAAAGCUGUAAUAUUUUUCAGUAAUUCAGUAUUUUUUUGUAAUAUUUUGUAUAAAUUAGUUCACAUUUAACAAAAUGGAUUAUUCCUUAGAUAAACUUGUGCUCUUCAGUUCUUAUUAAAAACUGUUUUAUACUUCAUUAUACCAAUUUCGAGAUAAAACAAUUUUCAACAUAUUUUUAUGUUCAUGCAGACGUCCUUUUAAGGUGUACAUUUUUCUGCAACUUAUAUAAUAUCCAACAUACUUUUAUAUUGUUAAUAUUUGUCCAUAAGGUCUUCAUUACUAUAUUUUAUAAUUUGUGUUCAUUUUAUAAAAUAUAUUGUUUGAUUAUUUUGAUAUUAUAGAGAUGUAAUUAUUUUCUUAAAUUCACAGUUUUAUUCUCAUUUCAGUAUUUUACUUAUAGUAUAUUAGAAUAUGUUUUGUGUAAUGACUAUUUUAUAAGGCAGUUUUUUUUUAAUUAUGCAUUCACUAAAAUUAAAAUUUACUUGGUAUUUUAUUAGCUAACAAUUCAAAUUUAAAUGAAUAUUAUUUUAUUUUAGCAAUAUCAAAUUAAUUACUGGUUAAAUUAUAUUUCACUCAUAAAUUAAUGAUUUGAAAUAAUAAUACAAAAGUAUUUUUUAUAAUUUCCUUAUGUAACUACACUUACCUAACAAUAAUAAUUUAAAUUUUUAUAGAAUUUAAAGAAGCAUUUAUGUUGUUUGACAAAGAUCAGGAUGGACGGAUUACUGAGGCAGAACUAGGAGUAGUUAUGAGAUCAUUAGGUCAAAGACCUACUGGUAAAUUUUUAUUAUCUUAAUUAACAUAGUAUAAAUGCGAUUGAAUUUUAGGAGUUAGUGAAUUACACAACUAAAGAUAAAAAAAAAAAAAAUUACAUACCUGUCACAUUGCACAUAGAAGUUCAUAUUAUGAACUAUUUAAAUGGUUUUAACAGUUAAUUAAAACAUAAUAAAUAGUAGUCAUUUUAAUAAAAAUUUCAGUUUCAUAAAUAUUUAUGAAACAAUUGGACACAAUUUAUUUAACAUUUAUUGAUUUUGCACUAAACGAGUUCUAUAUAAUUGUGUCAUAAUAGAAUUAGGAUGUAUCUACUAAGUUUUUUUUUUUUCUUUAUUAUAUUAUACAUAGUUUUGAAACAAUAUAACUAUAAAAACACUGGAAGACCAUUAAUCCUUCAAAUAUCUCUGUAAGUUCUCAAACUUUUGAAAUUUUUUUCUCAUAAAAAGUGUUACAUUAGGUUGAUUAUUUCAGUUUAAAUAACUUUUAAAUAACCAAAUAUUUAAAAAAACAAAAAUUAAUAAUCAAAUGCAUUAUAUAUGCUUUAGAAACUGAUUUAAGAGGUAUGGUUAAAGAAGUAGAUCAAGAUGGUAAUGGUAGUAUUGAGUUUGAUGAAUUUCUGUUGAUGAUGGCUAGAAAGCUAAAAGCUAUAGAUGGCGAAGAAGAAAUGCACCAUGCAUUCAAUGUAUUUGACAAAAAUGGAGAUGGGUUCAUAACAUUUGAUGAACUUAAACGUGUAAUGUGUAGUAUUGGAGAAAGACUCACUGAUGAAGAAAUUGAAGAUAUGAUAAAAGAAGCAGAUCUAAAUGGCGAUAAAAAAAUUGAUUAUAAGGGUAAAUAUUAUUUUUUUAAACUUUAAACUGAAAAAAAAAAUUGAAAUUAUUUUGUGUUAUAGAAUUUAUUACAAUAAUAUCUUCAAAAAAAUGA